AGUCACUGACAACUCUCAUAAAAACAACCCCCCCACUCAACCAAAUAUUCACUUCAAAAUUUCCAAAAAAAUAAACAAAAAUCCAAUGUCUAAUCUUUCUUCUCCAAUUUUCUACAUUUUCAUCACCAUUUCCAUAAACAUAGUUCUUCAUGCCCAUUCCAUCACACAUUGGGAAGACAUACAAGCUCUAAAACAAUUCAAAAAAAGUGUCAUACCAAGCUCAAUAAGUCCCGGGUCGUGUUUAUCGACAUGGGACUUUAAUAAUGAUCCUUGCGUAUCAGUAUCCACCCAAAAAUUCACUUGUGGAAUUCGUUGCGAUAUUGUAAUAUUCAACGUUAGCCGAGUAACCGAGCUGACCCUAGACCAGGCCGGUUACUCGGGUUCGCUUACAAAAUCUUUAUCCAAUUUACCAUAUCUCCAGACUCUAGACAUAACAAACAACUAUUUCACCGGUUCAAUCCCCGAGUCUCUUGCAAAGUUAACCCGGUUACAAAGACUCGUUCUAUCAUCCAACUCGUUAAACGGGUCAAUCCCCGACCCGUUACCCGACUCGCUACAGGAAAUCAUUUUAGACAAUAAUGAUCUUGAGGGCCCCAUCCCAUACAAUGUAAACAAUCUAAAGAAUUUACAAAGGCUCGAGUUACAAGGAAACCAACUCAGUGGCGAGUUACCGGAACUGAGUCAACUCAGUCAACUUUCCUUUCUUGAUGUCAGCAACAACCUCAUCUCCGGCGAACUUCCGGCUAGAUUUCCGGCGAACCUCGUGGAACUCACCCUAAGAAAUAACUCCCUGAAUGGGAAUAUUCCGGCGAAUCUUUUACAGGAUUCUGUUUACUUACAAGUACUAGACUUAAGCUACAACAAUCUCACCGGAACACUCCCGCCGGAGCUUUUUACACACCGGAGUUUACAACAGUUGACACUAGCAUUCAACAGUUUCCUGUGGGUUGAAACUCCGGCGAACUGGGGUAAAAACAGUGAGUUAAUAGCUGUUGAUUUAAGUAACAAUGAUAUCCAUGGGUUUUUACCCGGGUUUAUGGGUUGGAUGCCGAAGCUAUCGGCGUUAUCUUUAGAAAAUAAUAAAUUUUCUGGCGUGAUUCCGGUGCAGUACGCCGUGAAGGCAGUGACGGCGGAGGAAAUUGGUGACGUGGCGCCGUUUGAUAGGUUGUUGUUGGGUGGGAAUUAUUUGUUGGGUUUGAUACCGGGUCCGUUAUUGAGAUUGAAUUCCGGGUCGGGUGUGAUGAUCCAAUUAGGAGAUAAUUGUUUGUAUGAAUGUCCGGAAAGUUUUUAUUUUUGUAGCGGUGGGGUACAAAAAAGUCUGAUGGAGUGUAAGACUUUUAGUCCAGUGAUUCCAUGAAUGUGUAGUAGGGUCCUUGUAUGAGAGUUGUAUUUGUUUGUAUUUUUGUAUGCUAGUGUAUAAUUUCAUUAAUUUUUAA